AUGAUGAAGGAAGCUGCGGAUAUCGAUCAUGAGGACGUCCGCUGCGCCGAGGACAUCGGGAGAGAAGUAGACUCAAUCGCGCCGGUGAGGCAAGGACAAGCGGUCGGACAGGCGUUGGUACACAGUCAGGUCAGGAGAUUGUGGCGGUGUCGUCAGGGCCGUAAUCUUGCACGGUCAGCUCAAGGCAUCGAGGUCGUCCAGGACACUCAGACCGGUUCCUUCUGGCCUAAGUUAAGGGAUGCAAGCGUUUCUGUCCCAUACGACGAGCCUCCCGCUGCCGCCGCCACCAAUAUCAUCUCCCGAUUCCGCUCGAGCCUCCGUGGUCCACUUGCUGUCCAGGGCCGACUCGCUGCCAUGCUCAAAGGGCGCCCUGGCCUUCACUCAGCUGGUACAGCCCACAGCACGCUUCCAGCUGGCUCUUGA